GCGCCGCGGCUUGGGGGAGAGUUGAGCGCUUUUCCCCCCUCUUUUUUUUUCUUUUUUUUUUUUUUCUCCUCUUCUUCUUAAACAAACCACAAACGGAUGUGAGGGAAGGAAGGUGUUUCUUUUACUCCUGAGUCCAGACACCUCUCUCUGUUCCGUCUAAGCUUGUUUUGCUGAACACUUUUUUGAAAAAGGCAAAGAAAAGGAGUUGCUUGAUGUGAGAGUGAAAUGGACGUAAGAUUUUAUCCACCUCCAGCCCAGCCCGCCGCUGCGCCCGACGCUCCCUGUCUGGGACCUUCUCCCUGCCUGGACCCCUACUAUUGCAACAAGUUUGACGGUGAGAACAUGUAUAUGAGCAUGACAGAGCCGAGCCAGGACUAUGUGCCAGCCAGCCAGUCCUAUCCUGGCCCAAGCCUGGAAAGCGAAGACUUUAACAUUCCACCUAUCACUCCUCCUUCCCUCCCCGACCACUCGCUGGUGCACCUGAAUGAGGUCGAACCUGGUUACCACUCUCUGUGUCACCCAAUGAACCAUAACGGCCUGCUACCGUUUCAUCCACAAAACAUGGACCUACCUGAAAUCACCGUCUCCAAUAUGCUGGGACAGGACGGAGCACUGCUUCCCAACCCCAUUUCUGUGAUGCAAGAUAUACGGAACCCAGAAGGAACUCAGUAUAGCUCCCAUCCUGCAAUGGCAACCAUGAGACCAAGGGGCCAGCCUGCAGACAUCAGGCAGCAGGCAGGAAUGAUGCAGCACGGCCAGCUGACCACCAUCAACCAGUCCCAGCUAAGCGCUCAGCUGGGCUUGAACAUGGCAGGAAGCAGUGUCCCCCACAGCUCACCUUCUCCUCCAGGAAGCAAGUCUGCCACUCCUUCACCAUCCAGUUCUGUACACGAAGAUGAAGGUGAUGAGACCUCUAAGAUCAAUGGUGGAGAGAAGCGACCUGCCUCUGAUAUGGGGAAAAAACCAAAAACCCCCAAAAAGAAGAAGAAGAAGGACCCUAAUGAGCCCCAGAAGCCUGUGUCUGCCUACGCAUUAUUCUUUCGUGAUACUCAGGCUGCCAUCAAGGGCCAAAAUCCAAAUGCUACCUUUGGUGAAGUCUCUAAAAUUGUGGCUUCGAUGUGGGAUGGUUUAGGAGAAGAGCAAAAACAGGUCUAUAAAAAGAAAACAGAGGCUGCAAAGAAGGAGUAUCUGAAGCAACUAGCAGCGUACAGAGCCAGCCUUGUAUCCAAGAGCUACAGCGAGCCUGUCGACGUGAAGACGUCUCAGCCUCCGCAGCUGAUCAAUUCCAAGCCACCAUCAGUGUUCCCUGGGCCCAGCCAGGCCCACUCAGCUCUGUACCUAAGCUCUCACUAUCACCAACAACCAGGAAUGAACCCCCACCUAACCGCCAUGCACCCCAGUCUCCCCAGGAGCAUAGCCCCCAAGGCCAAUAACCAAAUGCCAGUGACUGUCUCUAUAGCAAACAUGGCCGUGUCCCCUCCUCCCCCGCUCCAGAUCAGCCCGCCUCUGCACCAGCAUCUCAGCGUGCAGCAGCACCAGCCACUCAGCAUGCAGCAGCCCCUCGGGAGCCAGCUGCCCAUGCAGGUCCAGCCCGCCUUACACUCCCCCACCGUGCAGCAGGGAUUUAGUCUUCAACCUGACUACCAGACCAUAAUCAAUCCUACAUCUACAGCUGCACAAGUGGUCACCCAGGCCAUGGAGUAUGUGCGUUCUGGGUGCAGAAAUCCUCCUGCCCAGCCAGUGGACUGGAGUAACGACUACUGCAGUAGUGGGGGCAUGCAGAGGGACAAAGCACUGUACCUUACCUGAGAAUCUGAACACCUCUUCUUUCCACUGAGGAAUUCAGGGAAGUCUUUUCACCGUGGGUUACUUUGUACAGUCAAGGCAGUUCUCCAUUUUCUUAGAAAAAUACAAGUUGCUAAGCACUUAGGACCAUUUGAGCUUGUGGGUCACCCACUCUGGAAGAAAUAGUCAUGCUUCUUUAUUAUUUUUUUAAUCCUUUAUGGACAUUGUUUUUCUUCUUCCCUGAAGGCAAUCUGGACCAUUCAGAUUUUAUGUUGGUUUUUUGCUGUGAAGUGCUGCGCUAUAGUAACUGCCUUAGCAACUGUAGAUGUCUCGGAUAAAAGUCCUGGAUUUUCCAUUGGUUUUCAUAAUGGGUGUUUAUAUAAAACUACUAAAGACUUUUUAAAUGGCUUGAUGUAGCAGUCAUAGCAAGUUUGUAAAUAGCAUCUAUGUCACACUCUCCUAGAGUAUAAAAUGUGAAUGUUUUUGUAGCUAAAUUGUGAUUUGAAACUGGCUCAUUCCAGUUUAUUGAUUUCACAAUAGGGGUUAAAUUGGCAAACAUUCAUAUUUUUACUUCAUUUUUAAAACAACUGACUAAUAGUUCUAUAUUUUCAAAAUAUUUGGAAAAAAAAAAGUAUUCCCAAAUGAUUUUAAUUUAAAAACAAAUUGGCUUUGUCUCAUUGAUCAGACAAAAAGAAACUAGUAUGAAGGGAAGCGCAAACACGUUUAUUUUGUACUGCAGAAAAAUUGCUUUUUUGUAUCACUUUUUGUGUAAUGGUUAGUAAUUGUCAUUUAAGUCCUUUUAUGUAUAAAACUGCCAAAUGCUUACCUGGUAUUUUAUUAGAUGCAGAAACAGAUUGGAAACAGCUAAAUUAUAACCUUUACAUACAGCUCUGUAUUAUGGUUUCUUCAUACUGUGUCUGUAUUUAAUCUUUUUUUAUGGAAUCUGUUGCGCCUAUUUAUGAAAUAAUAAAUAUAGGUGUUUGUAAG